AAUGCUGUUUGCGGAUGAUUUUGUCGGUAUGUCGGACACCCCUGAGGGACUGCAACUGCAAAUUGACGCGGCGAAGAAGUUUACUGAUAAGUGGAGAUUGUCUGCCAACGUUCAGAAGAGUGCCGUCAUGGUAUGCAACGGGAACAAGGCGGAACCAGUAGAACAUAGAUGGAAGUGGGGGAUCGAGGAGAUUGCAGUAGUGGACCAGUACACAUACCUCGGAGUAGAGAUCGCAAAAGACUGCUCGUGGAAUGCACACAUGUCCAAGGUAGCGGAAAAGGGCAAAGCACGAGCAGGGAAGCUGCACCCAAUACUCGGAAACCGGCACCUCGAUACACGCAUCAAAUUGACGGUUUUGAAGAGCGUAAUCGUACCGCCGCUAGAGUACGCCGGAGAAGUAUGGGAAGGAAAUAAGAAGGUAGUGAAAGAACUCGAGGCGGCGCAGAUGAAAGCAGCGAAAACCAUCCUAGGAUGCUCCAGGCGCACAAGUAAUGCAGCCGUGAGGGCAGAAUUGGGGAUCCAAUCCCUACGGUCGGGAAGAGACGCGAGGAAGCUGACCUGGCAGUAUCGCAUGUGCGGGAUGGGAGAGGAGAGGUUGCCGAGAAUUGUAUGGGAGGCGAAGUGGGCAAACAAAAAGAGGGGUAGACAACCCACGGAAUGGGUCAAGGUUGUAGAGGACGUAUGGAAGGGGCUCGACAUCGACGAAGAUGAAACGCUGGAAACGGAGGGUCUACAGGGGUUCAAGGAGAAGAUAUCUGUUGCUUGUGCCGAAAGAGAAGAACAUAAUUCGAGGAAAGAAUCCACGGAUGAGGAGGGUCUAGAAGUGUACGGAAUGUUGAGGAAUGG